ACUUUGAUCUUGUGAAUAAUAUAUAUUUGGUUGAGGAGAUCGUCAUGGGGUCGGAGACGUUUCUGGAGGUUGUGUUGGCCAUUCUUCUCCCACCUGUGGGUGUCUUCCUUCGCUAUGGAUGUGGGGUAGAGUUCUGGAUCGAUCUGCUGCUCACGCUAUUGGGAUACAUACCAGGCAUAAUAUAUGCUAUCUACGUCCUUGUUGGUUAAUUAAUUCACCAGUUUUCAGAUCUCUGCGUGCUUGUAUCUC